GGCGAUAAAAUUUUGACUUUUUACCAAUUUGGAAACCAGCGUCACAAAAACUCGACUUCCACCAAUGAGGACAGUGGCUGAUCUCGGCUGGGUUCUCGCCCACACACACACACUCAUUGAUUUUUUCUGCGCUUUUUUUGGGCCGUUUAUUCCCCGUCAUGGCCAGCAAUAUCCACCAUCGAUCGGCCGACGUUCGCAUUGACGAAGACGUAGAUUUUUCAACUCUGAUACGCAAUUCCUUACUUUUGAAAGGACUGGGACAAUCGGGUUAUGCCAAACCGUCACCUAUACAGUUGCAAGCCAUUCCUCUCGGUCGUUUAGGGGUAGAUCUGAUCGCGCAAGCUAAAUCAGGCACGGGCAAAACAGUCGUGUUCAGCGUCAUCGCUAUAGAAGCCGUCAAUUUGUCCGUGAAGCAACCCCAGGUGAUCAUUGUAGUGCCGACGCGAGAAAUUGCCAUCCAAAUUCGAGAUGUGAUACGGAAUUUGAGUCAAUGUAUGCGCAAUUUAUCCUGCGAAGCAUUCAUUGGAGGACUGUCUGUGCAGGAAGAUCAUCGAAAAAUAACUCAGUGUCAAAUCAUGGUGGGGACACCCGGCCGGCUGAUGGCCCUCAUGAAUACCGACAAGCUGAAUGCAAAAGAUAUCAAGUUGAUUGUCAUGGAUGAAGCAGACAAAUUGAUGGCCGAUAUUUUCAAACCUCAAAUCCAGUACAUUUAUCAGCGAUUACCAACUACCAAGCAAUGUAUUGCCUUUUCAGCUACAUUUACGGAUGAACUCUUGGAGUCAUUGAAUGGAUUUAUGAAAUCACCCCAAAUUGUCCGUUUAACCACCUUGGUACCCACAUUGGAAGAGGUCCAGCAGUAUUAUGAAAAUGUACAGGUGGACGAGAAUAAAAUGGAGAUGCCGUUGGAGAUCUACAAAGCCAAAUUUGAAGCCGUGGGCCAGUUACUCAGUAAAGUUCCAUUUUAUCAAUGCAUGAUCUUCCUUAACAGCGUACCGAGGGCGAUGGAAUUAACGAAAUGGCUGACCGAUAUGGGCUGGCAGUCAGGAUAUAUACAUGCAGGGCUGACGCAGAUCCAGCGCAUCAAAGUCAUGGAGCAGAUGCGUGAUUUUAAACUGCGCGUACUUGUUUGCAGUGAUCUGAUUGCAAGAGGCAUUGAUAUUGAUCGUGUUAAUCUCGUCAUCAAUGUGGACUUUCCGUGGGAAAUCGAAACUUACCUGCACCGCGUUGGACGCACGGGUCGUUUUGGUAUGUCCGGUAUUGCCGUCAACCUUAUUGGUCCCUCGGAUCAUGACUUUCUUCAAGCCUUGCUGGAUCAUGGCGUAACAGUCAAUCCAUUACCAGGUAGCUGAUAUUCACCGCAAAAACAAAGCUGCGUUUUCCAAAUUUGGCUGACCA